AUGUAUUUUUUUAUUCCAGUGGAAAGACCAGCUACUAACUCCUACCAAAAUGAUCAAAGAGGCCGCAAGAAAGUGAAGGAAGUCACCCUUGUCAACCUUGACGGUGAAACAUCAGUCUCAGAUGACCCGCCAUCAUUCUUUAAAUCUUCACCAACCUCUAAUAUGUCAUCAACAAGUUCCGACACUUCUUCCUCUUCCUCCUCUUCUUGCACAUCCUCGUCCUCCUCCUCCUCCUCGUCAUCUUCUACUAGUUCUUCUAGCUUCCUCUCAACAGAGUCAAACAGAGACAACGAAUUCUUCACGCGUUCACCGGAACAGAAAUUUGGAGGAUGCCAAAAGAAAAAUAGUUUCUGUAGCGAUGAUUCCGUUAUUCUGAAGAAGUUAAAGGUUAAGAAGUGUGCCGUUCCAAAUUACCUCAGGAACAAUCCCGAUACCACUUACCUCAAAAAAGUGAAAAAAGGGAGAACCUGCGGGCCAACGGAAUACGUUGUUCUCUCCCAAAACUCAGACAACUGCCAACAGGUCAGUCACUGGAGUUGA